ACCUGUGGCCCAUGCUAGUUGCCGCCUCCGCCUCCCUUCGCGAUGCCUUUUUCCCCCCUCUUCUCGUCGAGCCGCCGCCGCCGCCGACGGCGAGCUUCUGCCGGUGAGGCGAGCCGCCGUCUCGGACCCUAAAACCUAUUUCCGACACACCUACUCCCUUAACCAUGGAGGACGCCCUCGCUACAUCGCCUCUGGCGCCUCCUCCUGCCCCCCUCGCCGCCGCUGCCGUCCUCACUCGGCGGCGGUCGCACCUUGACAGCGCCUCUUACCGCACGCUCUCCCGCCUCUUCUCCCACUGCCUCCACCUCCACCCGUCUCCCCGCGAGGGCACCGCGCUGCCCGAGGCCGAGCCCGCCGCCGCGAACCCUACCGGCGGGGACUCCGGCGAUUCCCUACAGGUGCCCAGAGGCGCCGAUUUUGAUCCUCUGAAGAAUGUGGAGAAGGAGGCGGCGGAUGCGGGAGGCCCUCCGCUCUACGGGACCGUCUCGCCAGCAAGGGAGCAACCGGCCGCGGCGAACCCUACCGGCAACCCUUGUGAGGCUGGGGCUCCGCAACGCUCACAUGAUGAUGCGAACGAGGUAGUUGCUGUAGAAAGCACCUGUGUUAACACCGGAGCUGGGGUCGACGAGUCGGGGAUUGGAGCUGAACUGGUGGAUGUGGGGGACGAUGCUCUGAAGUCGGUGAAGGCUUGCUUGGAGAUGACUGAGGUUGAUGAAUCCGUAGAGGGAGCAUUGGGUAAUGAAGAUGGGCAGCUACUGCUUGAUGCGAUGAUGACCAACUUCACGGGGCUGAUUGAUGAUGUUGGUGCUGGCGUGGUACCAGCGCAGCCUUGUGUGGUUUCUGGAGGCGAGCUGCAGAAUAGCAAGGCAUCUGAGGAUUUAAACCAAUCAGUAGGUCGGAUUGAAGACGGAGAACCUGUGACCAAUUUAGAUCAUGAGCUGAAUGGUGAUGGUGGUUUUGAGGAAGGAGAAAUUGAGGGGGAGUUUCAGGCUUUGGAUUCAGAAGAAUCCGGAGAUUCCGAGCUCGGAGACAAUGAUGACUCUGAAGAGAAAUUGGGUGGUGAUUCUGUUAGCAGAGGCUCAGGGGCGAACAAAUCUUCUGAUCAUGGCACACAGUUUGGGAAUUUGCACUCAACACCUGAAAUUAUAGGAAAUGGUCAUCUUACACUGAACAAUGAUGGUGUCAGGGGUGGUGCACAAAUAUCUGUUACCAGGGCUCCAGCUGUCAGUUAUGAUGAAAUUGUGGAUUGGAAUGGGACUCCACUUCCUGAUAAUAUGGCUCCCAACCCUGGGAAGAAAAGAAAACGCUCUAUGACAGAAGAGAGGAAGGCUAAAAAGACAGAAAAUAAAAGAAAGAAGCGAGCACAGCAACGGAUAGCUGAUGGAGUCAAUAGACCAAAAAUUCAACAUGUUAUGAAGCCAAAAAAACCUUGCCACUUCUAUGACCAUGGGAAGUGCCAACAGGGAAAUAAGUGCAAGUUCUCCCAUGAUUUUACACCUUCAACAAAAUCUAAGCCCUGCAAGCAUUUUGCGUGUGGUUCUUGUUUGAAAGGAGAUGAUUGUCCAUAUGAUCAUGAGUUGUCAAAGUAUGAAUGCCAUAACUAUAAGAACAAUGGCAUGUGCAUCAGAGGUGAUAGAUGCAAAUUCUCUCAUGUGAUGCAAACUACAGAAGGUACUCCCACACAAGAUGCAAAGCCAUCUGAUGCUUCACUGGCAUAUGAGAAAACAAACCUCAGAGAGCAGACAAGCAGCCAGAAAACCUCAACAGUUCACAAUGGUGAACCUGUGACAUCUGCUCCUACCAAACAACAGUGUUCCAUCCUAAAAAAUCUGGCUGGCUUCUCGAUCAAUUCUCAAAAUGUGUCUAAUCGUAUUCCAAAGGGUGUACAGUUUCUUCCGAUUGAUAAAAGUGGAUCAAAUUUGAGCAGCCUCCGCCUGGGUGCUUUGUCUAUUGAGAAGCCUAGGAAUGCAAAUGCCACUCAACAUCAGUACCUUAGAGAACAUGAAGCAGAAAGGCAAAAGAUCGCCAAGCAAAAUGGCCAGGAAUCACUGCUUGAUGAGAAGAAUUCAUCAAACGAAGCAACUGUGCAUCCAUUUUCAGACCCAAAAAAAGCUACUUUACCUAUUAGUUCUACUGCAACAUCAGUACAUACUCAGCCUGAAGUCUCAGAGGCCUCUAGGAUUUUGCAGGAGUUCUUGUUUGGUGCUGGCAGUUAGCGGAAAAUAGCCUGAAGUCUCAGUGUGCGCUAUUCUGCCUUUUGAUACCUCUAUUUUACACAUGUUUGUGUUAUAUAGUAAGUCGAUACAAAUUUUCCGGUUUUAGUUUACAUGGAUUGAGUUCAUGCCCAUGAUUAUGCGACUCUUCUGAUACUGUGCCUCCAUUUUCCUUAUCACAACUGCACAUUGUUUGGCACAGAAACCUGGCGUGAUUCAUUUGUUUAGAUGUCAUGGAGAAGUUGAAUUCCAAUUCACGAGAUAGCGCAAUGGGGCUUGAGGUGUCAUUAUUUGAUUCCUAACAAGGACUGUUUUGUGAGGCACCUCUCCUGUCAGGAAGCCCAGAUUCCACCAUGCAAGAGCUUUACCUCGGUUGCCACAUGAGAAUGGCAGGCACCUAGCAGGGCUGCCAUUUAGUCUUGGAUCAUCAUCAUGAUUCCGGGCACAUCUGUGGCAGACUUAUGGGUCCUUUUGUGGCGACCAAUAUUAGCCUGGUGCAGUGCAUGGUCUGGACUUGCAUGCACACGGUACUCCCAGGAUCUCUGAUCCUAUCUCUCUGUGUUCAGAAUUACUUGUGAACUAGCUGGAGACUGUGGUAUGCCACGUCAGAUGCUGGAGGGCCCAGGUAUGAGCUGGACUGUGGCUGUUGCUUAGUCUCAAAUCCGGUUUGGGAGUGUCCCGUGGCUACCUGCUGUCGAAAUCUCUGCUGAUGUUGCAUCAAUUGAUUCAUGGUCACUGAGAGGACUCACAUGCUGAUUCAUCACUGCAGCUUGCCAUGCAAGCAGGCAUGUGAGUUGUGCCGUCCUGCUGGGCACUGUCACAUGACCAGGUGACUAUGAUGCUAUAUCUCACCGGAACAGUCAGGUCUGUUCCAUGGAUCAUAUGAUGGUGUCAUCUCUCUUGGAACAAGUUGCCAUCAGCAGCCAAUCUGCAUCUCGCAUGCUGUUUCGCAGCGUCGCUGCUGCCUCGUGUGCGUGGAAGGAGUGGUUAAAAUGUACUAGUAAUUGUCACUUGAUUUGUUACGAAGAAUCUGAGCUGAGGUAAGCCGUGGUUCGUUCCCUUGAUGGCAAAGUAUUACUGCACCCCUGAAAGCAACUGACCCGGCAUUAUGGUCUGGGCGACUCGUGAAAUCCUCGCAUCUGAGAGUGAGAGCAGACUGAGCAGCUACUUUGUCGCUUUCCCUUUUCAUUUGGCAAAGAUUACUCGUAUACAAGUCGGCCAAGGGGCCAUUUUGUCACCUCCGGCACACCUGCGCCGAGCUCCAGAACAAAAUAUUUCCAUAUGUAGCUACAAGGUGUUCCUCUACAAGAUCUUGAAAACGAAAAAACCUA